AUGGGCUCUGCCGCGACCAUCGUGUUGCCCAUCUCCGUGCCUUGGAAAGGAAAAAGGGAUGACAAAUUGAAGGAAAGUGAGGCAUACGCAAACUUCUCCUUCCUCCUUCCUAUCCCCCUUCCCCCCACUCCUCCGAAUUUCCGAUUCGCUGAUCUCAUCUCCCGCCUCUUGAUUUCUGCCUGCAGGAGAGGCAGCUGCUGCGGAGGAGCGACCAGGGACGACUUGCCGCGCCCCGGACUCCGCCGUGGAGCUCCAGGAGCUGAGGCGGGAGCGCGCGCGGCGCUUCACCGUGCUGCCGCUGGACCUCACCGACGAGAGCAUCAUAGAGGCCACAGCGGCCGCAAUUGGAGUGACCCACGGAUCUCUCGACUUACUGAUCAAUGCCAGACAACAUCCUUUCGAUCCCAAAUGUUAUACAACCAGCACCUGCGUCUAUUUCUGAAGAUUGGAGCAACCUUGGAAACAGGGAAGGGUUGCUCGUUGGUUGCAGAUAUGAGCGCUAGGGUUGGCUCGAUAGACAUUGGUUUGGAAGGCUGGCAUUCGUACAGAGCUUCUAAAACUGCACCGAAUCAAUUGACAAAGACUGCAUCAGUCGAGUUGGGCAAGAGGGACAACAUCGCCUGCAUUUUGCUACAUCCAGGAACAGUUGACACCGACCUCUCACGGCCAUUCCAAUGAAAUGUUGCCAAGGAUAAGAUCUUUAGGGAGCUCUUUACACAGAAGCUACCGUCCAUCACUGACAAUGCCAGAAGACCGACAACGGGAAGUUCUUCGCUUGGGAUGGUCAAGAAAUCCCAUGGUGACCACUGUUUUUGGUCAGUGACUGUCGCCCCUUCUAUUUUUUUUGUGUCUUCUUUUUACCACUCUUAUUUCUUAUUUGGAACCGCUUGUGCCUUUUUAGCUUUGAAUUAAAAAGCUUUACUCACUCCAGUUAGAUAUCUGAUUUGAAAACCAUGACUCUGUGGGCAACUGGGCAUAUCUUCACUAUGGCCUCAGGUGAGGUACGACAAUAUUUGCACACGUCCGCGGAAUAUUCGACCUCGGCGUGGCGUAGCACAUGGCAAGGGCGAAGAUCUGGUCGGCACCCACACCAAGGGUGCCAUUGUAGAAGCUUCCAUUUUCGGCGGUUGCCGUGGUGAUGGUCUGCAGGAGGCGGUAAAGGUUCUUGUGGUACUGGCUUCCGUCGCUGUAGUUGUCAGCAGUGGAGCACGAGAUCAGGGAUUGGUGGACAUUGUCCACAAGUGCGCCGAUGACGAAUAGGAGUAGCAGAAGGUGAAGCAUGGAGUUUGAACCAUGGCCGGCCAGUGGUGACUUUUAAGGCCGGCCAGCCGUGACUUUUUUUAAGGCCGGCCAGUGGUGACUUUUUUUUAAGGCCGGCUAGUGGUGACUUGGUCGACAGGAUAACGUAACACAUCCCUUGGCAAGGCUAAUUAUAUGAUACGUUGGGAGUAACUAGGACUUUGGCACUAGCUCAGCAAAUUUUUUUUGAGGGAAAUACGAGCUCAGCAUUUGGUAGAUUCUAUUACCACAAGACAAAGACUCGUAGCUAUCUCCCACUGAGGUCCAACGGUGACCGAGUCUCCGUUGAUUUUUCUCUUGAUUGCUACCAGAAUUACUUUUUUUGUCACUAUCAAAAUUCAAAGUUGAUUGUCUGUAGUGGAUUAUUCGUAGCAUGAGCCAUAUGGACACAUGUGUCAUUCAAGGCACGGCCAAAUUUUCACAAGUCUUGCAAAACUAGUAAUUACACAUCUCUAUCAAAAUGCAUAGCAUUUCCCGAUAAGUGAAAUAAUAAUUUAUUAUAGAUCAGCGGAGAUUUCCUUUUCAUCAGUAUGUAGCAAAAACUGAAUCAUUUGUUUGCCUCAUUGCAAGAAAAAAAACCCUGUACAGGAGAAGACAUUGUACCAUAAAAAACCCUUUAAAGGAUCAGCUGAUCGAUCAGCCAGGAGCAAAGGUGAGUUCAACCUGUACCUUUUCUUAACAGGCAAGAGCUCUGCUUUUCAAUUGAUAUGUAGUACUCUCUCUGUUCAUAAAUAUAAGAUAUUUUAAAUAUUUUAAUAUGAACUACAUACAGACUAAAAUGGGUGAACAAACACGCCAAAACGUGUCUAUAUACAUUCCAUUUAGAAAAAUAUUAAAACAUCUCAUAUUUGUGAACUGAGGGAGUAGGAGAGAGCAUAGGCCUACGGCCAAACCGAAAAGAACAAAAAACUACGACACAUGUCAAACCAAGUUAUAAGUCUUAAGUGCUUAUUACUUUGGGAUGGAGCUGAGUUUUCAAAAAAUUCACGAAUGUAGUGCAUACUAUACUAGUACAAUGCAAAGUCAGUUGGGUAAUGACAUUUUAGUAUCUGCAUGCCAUUGCUGAUCAUGUACAAUUAGUGGCCUAAAACAUAUUAUAUUAGUUUACAGAAGGAGUAUCUGAGAGCCAGUAAAAUUCGGUUUAGUCGACCCAACUUAUCUAUGAGCUGGAGUGGUGGUUUUUGCCUUGCCCGAGUUGUGGCUUCGAGGCGGACUAUUCUUGUAAAGCAUCUCCAAGGCUGACCCGUAAAUCUUCCGCAAUUGUUUGGACCGCCGAAUCCAUAUAACGCGGGCCUGUAUCGGUUCGCGGAUGGUCCGGUGGCGAUUUCUUUUGCGAACAAAGACAAAAGUGAAGGAACUUUGCGGGAAUCCGGACACGUGAAACAUAGGAAUCAGACACCCCAGGCCCACCCAAAACCCUCCCCGGACCCCGCGACUCCAUCCUUCUUUUGCCGUCGCCACCGCUCCACCACUCCGGCCACCACGCCACACCCCUGCCAGAAAUCCGCGUC